AUGAACAAUACCGUCAUGUCGGAAGCCUACGCGGCCGAGGAUAAAGGCCCAAACAUCAUGUUGACAAUAUGUAUCAUUGUCGGCAUCAGCACCUUGUUUGUUGCCGCUCGUCUCUUUGUCCGAAUCAAGAUCCUCGGCCAGACGCAUUUGGAUGACCAUUUGACCGUAUUGUCGCUGCAAUCCGCCGCUAUCCUGUCGACCAUCUCUGGUUUCCCUCCGAACGUACUCGCAUAUACAGUACCCAAGUUUGCUGUGGUGGCGUUAUUGGUCAGAAUAUUGAACCCUGGGAGAGUACAUCGGAGGGUACUUUGGUCACUGGCGACUGUAUGUUUGGUACUCGUAUCACUGUGCAUCAUCAUCCUAUUUGCCCAGUGUAGUCCGACGUAUGCUCAGUGGGACUACUCAGUGACGGAGAAGAACUGUUGGAGUCCAUGGGUUCUUGUCAACGUUGCUAUUCUUACGGGAGCAUAUUCUGCAGCACUUGACCUUUAUCUUGCAAUCUACCCGGCGACAGUGCUCAUGAAACUUCAAAUGAACAUCAAAAAGAAGAUAGUAUUGAGCGUUGCUCUUGGUAUCGGUUCUAUCUCGUGUUUUAUAUCUAUUUACAAAAGCACCCGCUUGCCAUCUCUCGCCAGUCAAGACUUCACCUAUGACAGUGCGGAGUUGGUCGUAUGGACAAUUGUCGAAGGCAACACCCUCAUCAUUGCUGCCUGCAUACCCAUUCUGGGGCCUCUUGUGGAACUUGCUCUGGGACGUCGCGUACUCAGCACGACCAACCGGAAAUACCAGGAACAGAGCGGCACUGCUGAAUUGCAACCGGUUUCAAUUGGAAGAAAAGGCUCUCGCUCGCUCCCUUGGAACGGAGACUCUGUUGGUAGAACAUCCACGGUCAUUGGUUCGCACCACGAGGGGAAAGACGCCAGCAGCCAGGAAAGCAUCAUCGAGGCUACAUUCAGGCAGAAGAAUGGCGUGGUAGGAAUCAUUAGACGGGACGAUAUCACAAUAUCCUACGAGACGGAUGAUGGGCCGAAAAGUCUGGUCGACAUUGGCAAACCAGCCAAGGGGAAUCCGUUCUAG